AUGGCUGAGGAAGAAAAGUGGGCGCGACGAGAAGAGCAGCCACGAGAAGGGUUUAGAGUCUACAAAGUGGGCGCGACGAGAAGAGCAGCCACGAGAAGCCCAACAACCCGCGAGAGGUUUGAGAGGUUUGCGGGCGAGGGUUUUGUCUCUCCUGGGGAGCCGCUGCCUCUCGUUGAGUUGAACCAGCCACCAUCUCCCCCCACGCCUGACAAGGGUUUCUUCUUUCUGGAUGCUUCUUACGCCUUCGCAAACCCUCCUUCUCCCUUGGGUGCCGACAUGGGCCAGUCUCCCCCCACGCCUGACAAGGGUUUCUUCUUUCUGGAUGCUUCUUACGCCUUCGCAAACCCUCCUUCUCCCUUGGGUGCCGACAUGGGCCAGAUCGACGAUCCCCUUGAUGCCCCCUGGCGGCGUCGUGCUGAAGAAGUUAUUCGGUUUGUAUUAGGACAAACUGUAGCCUUUGGCUGGCCCCCCACAGUGAGGAGGAAAACCACCGGCUUUGUAUUGAGGGACUGCUCCUGGGAGCAGCAUCGUUUGCUGCUGCCUGUGCAGCAGCAGCAGCAGCAGCAGCAGCAGCAGCAGCAGCAGCAGCAGCAGCAGCAGCUGCUGCAGCAGCAGCAGCAAGUUGGAGAUGAAGACUACAGCAGCAUUGUCACAGUGCAGGAUCUAAGGCAUCUCCUACAGAUGAUUCGACACCGUCUGCAAGACCUAGCUGACUUAGAGGCUCUUCCUCUCGUCGAUGCUUUCGAUAUACAACUUGCUGCUGUUCCUGCUGGUCCUGCUGCUGCUGCUGCUGCUGCUGCUCCCCUGCAGCAGCAGCAGCAGCAGCAGCAGCAGCAGCAGCAGCAGCACAGGCUAGAGUUACUGGGUCGUCGUGAGCUGACGAUGGCAGCAGGGGCUCGGGUGUAUAUACAGCUGGAGAGUGCAGCAGCAGCAGCAGCAGUUCAGAAGCUACCAGCAGCAGCAGCAGCAGCAGCUUUAAUAUCUUGCUCUCGCAUGCAUGCAGCACGAGCAGCAGCAGAAGCAAAUAGACUUUCUGCUGCUGCCUUCGCUCCUUCUCUCGCAUUCCUCACCCACAUCGUCAACAGCAGCAAAAGCCACCAGCAGCAGCAGCUGCAGCAGCAGCAGCAGCAGCAGCAGCACCAGCAGCAGCACCAGCAGGAACAGCAGCACCAGCACCAGCAGCAGCAGGAACAGGAACUGCAGCACCAGCAGCAGCAGGAACAGCAGCACCAGCAGCAGCAGCAGCACGAGCAGCUGCUGCCGCUGCCCCCCAUAGAAGAAGAGGAAGCCAGAGACUAUAUAAAACCUACUGGGUAUUGUGAAUCAGUACCUCCUGCUGCAGCAGCAGCAGCACUUGCUGCUGCUGCUGCUGCUUCUGCUGCACCCUCUUAUGCUGUUGCUGCUGCAGCAAAUAGACUUUCUGCUGCUGCCUUCGCUCCUUCUCUCGCAUUCCUCACAAACAUCGUCAACAGCAGCAAAAGCCAGCAGCAGCAGCAGCAGCAGCAGCAGCAGCAGGAACAGCAGCACCAGCAGCAGCAGCAGCAGGAACAGCAACACCAGCACCAGCAGCAGCAAGAACAGCAACAGCAGCAGCAGCACCAGCAGCAGCAGGAGCAGCAGCAGCACCAGCAGCAGCAGGAGCAGCAGCAGCAGCAGCAGGAGCAGCAGCAGCAGCAGCAGCAAGAAGGAGUCGUGCUGAUUCCCCCCGUAACCCCCCCAGCAGCAGCAGAAGCAGCAGCAGCAGCAGCUGCAGCAACAGCAGCAACAACUGCUGCUGCUGCUGCUACUGGCUCGGGAUCAGCAACGUAA